ACCAUGGGGGCUGGAGCCAGUGCUGAAGAGAAGCACUCAAGGGAGCUGGAAAAGAAGCUAAAAGAGGAUGCUGAGAAGGAUGCUCGAACCGUGAAGCUGCUGCUUCUGGGUGCUGGUGAGUCCGGGAAGAGUACCAUUGUCAAGCAAAUGAAGAUUAUUCACCAGGACGGGUACUCGUUGGAAGAGUGCCUAGAGUUCGUUGCCAUCAUCUACGGCAACACGCUGCAGUCCAUGCUGGCCAUCGUGCGUGCCAUGACCACACUCAACAUCCAGUAUGGAGACUCUGCGCGCCAGGACGACGCUCGGAAGCUGAUGCACAUGGCCGACACCAUCGAGGAGGGCACGAUGCCCAAGGAGAUGUCGGACAUCAUCCAGCGGCUAUGGAAGGACUCGGGUAUCCAGGCCUGCUUCGAGCGGGCCUCGGAGUACCAGCUCAACGACUCGGCUGGCUACUACCUCUCCGACCUGGAGCGCCUGGUAACCCCGGGCUACGUUCCCACUGAGCAGGACGUGCUGCGCUCACGAGUCAAGACCACCGGUAUCAUAGAGACGCAGUUCUCCUUCAAGGAUCUCAACUUCCGGAUGUUCGACGUGGGCGGGCAACGCUCGGAGCGCAAGAAGUGGAUCCACUGCUUCGAGGGCGUGACCUGCAUUAUCUUCAUAGCGGCGCUAAGCGCCUACGACAUGGUGCUGGUGGAGGACGACGAAGUGAACCGCAUGCACGAGAGCCUGCACCUGUUCAACAGCAUCUGCAACCACCGCUACUUCGCCACCACGUCCAUCGUGCUCUUCCUCAACAAGAAGGACGUAUUCUCCGAGAAGAUCAAAAAGGCUCACCUUAGUAUCUGCUUCCCGGACUACGACGGGCCCAACACGUAUGAGGACGCGGGCAACUACAUCAAGGUGCAGUUCCUCGAGCUCAACAUGCGGCGAGACGUGAAGGAGAUCUACUCCCACAUGACAUGCGCCACCGACACGCAGAACGUCAAGUUCGUCUUCGACGCUGUCACCGACAUCAUCAUCAAAGAGAACCUCAAAGACUGCGGUCUCUUCUGA